UGCAACACAAACCUGAACUCUCCAUCGGCUGCCGAGACUGCCCCAGAGUGGGAUCUUUGUGCCCAGACCCUUCCCAUUCAGGGAAGGAAGUGGAAGACCCACUGCCUGGCUGGGAAUUUAUAGAGGCUCAGAAAAAAGAUGAACUGGCCCCAUUCCUGCAUCUCCUUUUGUUGGAUUUACUUUGCUGCUUCCAGACUGAGAGUUGUAGAAACAGCAGAUGGGAAAUAUGCCCAGAAGUUGUUUAAUGACCUUUUUGAGGAUUAUUCCAACGCUCUUCGUCCAGUAGAAGAUACAGAUAAGGUCCUGAAUGUCACACUGCAGAUCACACUGUCUCAGAUUAAGGACAUGGAUGAAAGGAACCAAAUUCUGACCGCCUAUUUAUGGAUCCGCCAAAUCUGGCAUGAUGCGUAUCUCACGUGGGACCGAAACCAGUACGACGGGCUGGACUCCAUCAGGAUCCCCAGCGACCUGGUGUGGAGGCCGGACAUCGUCCUGUAUAACAAGGCUGACGACGAAUCUUCCGAGCCCGUGAACACCAAUGUGGUCCUGCGGUAUGAUGGGCUGAUCACAUGGGAUGCACCGGCCAUCACCAAAAGCUCAUGUGUGGUGGAUGUCACCUACUUUCCCUUUGACAACCAGCAGUGCAACCUGACCUUCGGCUCCUGGACCUACAAUGGCAACCAGGUGGACAUAUUCAACGCCCUGGACAGCGGAGACCUCUCCGACUUCAUUGAAGAUGUGGAGUGGGAGGUCCACGGCAUGCCUGCUGUGAAGAACGUGAUCUCCUACGGCUGCUGCUCUGAGCCCUACCCCGACGUGACAUUCACGCUCCUCCUGAAGAGGAGGUCCUCCUUCUACAUCGUCAACCUCCUCAUUCCCUGCGUCCUCAUAUCUUUUCUGGCUCCCCUGAGUUUUUACCUUCCUGCAGCCUCUGGGGAAAAGGUCUCCCUGGGAGUGACCAUCCUGUUGGCCAUGACAGUAUUUCAGCUCAUGGUGGCAGAGAUCAUGCCGGCCUCAGAAAAUGUCCCUCUGAUAGGCAAAUACUACAUAGCCACGAUGGCCUUGAUCACAGCCUCCACUGCCCUGACCAUUAUGGUGAUGAAUAUCCACUUCUGUGGGGCCGAGGCCCGGCCAGUGCCACACUGGGCCAGGGUGGUUAUCCUGAAAUACAUGUCCAGGAUCCUAUUCGUCUACGACGUGGGCGAGAACUGCCUCAGCCCCCGCCGCGACAGGGAGCGGGGCCACCUCACGAAGGUUUAUGGCAAACUUCCAGAGCCUAAUCUGAAAGCAGCACGGAACAAAGACCUUCCCAGAAAGAAGGAAACGAACAGACUCUUGAAGAAUGACCUGAGGUACCAGGGUGAGAACCUGCAGGAUGCCGACAGCUACUGUGCACGGUACAAAGUGCUGACGAGGAAUAUCGAAUACAUUGCCAAGUGCCUCAAAGACCACAAGGCCACCAACUCCAAGGGGACUGAAUGGAAGAAGGUUGCAAAAGUCAUAGACCGAUUCUUCAUGUGGAUUUUUUUCAUUAUGGUGUUUGUGAUGACUGUUUUGAUCAUAGCAAGAGCAGAUUAGUGGGCGUUUGGUAUGUGGGAAUAAAUUAAUAGAAUUUUCUGUGAUCUAUGUUAAUAAUUCUUCCAAG